GGAUCCUCAGAAGUCAAUUUUUUGUUACAUGUUUUCGUUGAUUUCAAAGAUUAUUUAUCCACUGGCUAGGGACUUCAGGAUUUUCUUAUAAGUUUUAUGCCCUGUUUCCCCUGUUUUUGCAACCUCGGUCCCGCUUUCAUUUGAACCAAAUAUGAAUCUUAAAGAUCCACUCAUCGUAACCCUGGUGUUGUUUCUUCUGGUAAUCUCAACUCAGGCGGCCAAAUGCGAUCGAUCCUGCGGCGGCAAGCGGUUGCAAUACCCUUUUGGAUUCUCGGCCGGCUGCAAAAUCCCUUUAAACUGCUCAAACAGCAGUAUCAUGGUCAACAACUUUCGGGUCAUCGACGUUAAUUCUGAUAGUAUAAGGAUUAGUAUCCAACCCAAAUGCAACCGAUCCCUCCAAGCCUUUCACGAUCUCUACGGCAAAAACUACGCACCAUCGUCUCGGAAUGCAAUAUUAUUAGACAACUGCGGUGACUGGUCAGCACAGUGCGCCAUUCCGAACUCCAUGGUGCGAACUCGAUUUGAGACGGGCAAUUGCAGCUCCAACAGCAGUAAUAACAUCAGUUGUUAUAUGGAGAAUAGGCCUGAUACUGAUGGCUUUGUCAAUUACAACAAACUGAGUCGCUGCCGGUAUUUUCUGUCGGUUAUAUCAGCAGAGCCGUUUAAUGAUGCGGGGGUGUCGUUGGAUGUUCGAAUUUUAGAGCUUGGAUGGUGGAUUGAAGGGGAUAAGUGUCAGUGUUCUGGAAAUGCUAAUUGUACAAAGAUUUCCACGCCGAAUGGACAUCCGGGUUUUCGUUGCAAGUGCAAAGAGGGGUUCGUUGGUGACGGGUAUCACGCCGGUAGUGGCUGCCGGAAAGAUUGCACACUAGCAAAAUUCCUGUCGGGCAAAUGUGGAGGGACGAUCAGGGUUGUUGUCUUAGUCGUCGGCAUUGCUACUGGAGCUUCCUUGAUUGUUUGCAUAGGCCUGCUAUGCUGGAUAAUGAAACGACGAUCCAGUACGAAAUCUAGAAACAUUAUCAAACGCUGGUUGUCUGCAGCUAAAGGUGCCAACAUCAGCAUCCCCAUCUACCCUUACAAAGAAAUAGAGAAAGCCACAAACAAUUUUUCAGAAAAACAGAGGCUCGGAAGAGGGGCCUAUGGAACAGUGUACGCCGGAAAGCUCAGCAACGAUUUAUGCGUCGCCAUUAAAAGGAUAAAUAACAGAGGCACCGACAGCAUUGAACAAGUAAUGAAUGAGAUCAAGCUCCUCUCCACCGUCAGCCACCCCAAUUUAGUUCGCCUGCUCGGUUGCUCCAUCGACAGGGGCGAACAAAUCCUUGUCUAUGAGUUCAUGCCUAAUGGGACUUUAUGCCAGCAUUUGCAAAGAGAAAGAGGUGAUGGACUUCCUUGGGAGGUGCGUCUCGCCAUUGCGUCCGAAACAGCACAAGCCAUAGCCCAUCUGCACUCUGCUAUUGACCCACCAAUAUACCACAGAGAUAUUAAAUCCAGCAACAUACUAUUGGAUUGCAAUUUCAGGUCUAAAGUAGCAGACUUUGGCCUUUCCAGAUUGGGAAAAACCGAAAUCUCCCACAUUUCAACUGCCCCUCAAGGAACUCCGGGGUACGUUGAUCCUCAGUACCAUCAAAACUUCCAUCUUUCCGAUAAAAGUGAUGUGUAUAGUUUUGGGGUCGUUCUUGUUGAGAUCAUAACAGCUUUGAAAGCAGUUGACUUUUCCAGGCCCCCAAAUGAGAUCAAUUUGGCCGCUCUUGCUACGGAUAGAAUCAUUAAGGACCGCUUGGAUGAGAUCAUAGACCCUUUUAUAGAACUACAGAGUGAUGCUUGGACAUCUUCUUCAGUGCAUAAGGUGGCCGAAAUCGCAUUCAGGUGCUUGUCCUUUCACAGGGACAUGAGGCCUACUAUGAAUGAAGUAGCAAUGGAGUUGGAACAAAUCAGGUUAAGUAGAUCGCCUUCCUUGGACGAAAUUACUCGUGUAGUUUCAAAUGAGGAUGCUUCUUCCCCCUCCUCAUCCUCCUCGAAUCUAAGUGAACAACCGUUAAACGUGAAGAUGAACAAGGAGGGUGGAGGUUUGUUAAUGCUAAACAGCAGCAUAGGCAGUGUGAGGUCCAUGGAGAGAUUGAAGGGCAAUUCACCGGUUUCUGUUCAAGAUCCAUGGCUUAGUGAACGAAGCUCGCCUUCAUCAAACAGUUUGCUUAGUAAUGCAAUUUAUUGAAGGCCCUUCAUCUCAUCCCCAUCAAUAUAUCAAUGUAAUAUAGCAGUUGUAACCCGUGGUAUGAGUUAAUGUUUAAUGUAAUAUAUAUCUAACAAAGACAUUGCAGACAA